AUGCGUAUAACGUUCAUUGUGAUAACCGUGAUUUUCGCCUUCCUCUCGGCGGAAGCCACUCCGCAUCAUUCCAUCGCAGUUCCCAAGUCGUCUCAUAUUCCGGCCAAAGCCACUCCUCUGGACGGUUUCAUCGCAGUUCCCAAGUCGACUUCCACCAGCAUUUCCUGUUCUGAGGUGGGCGAUCCUACUGUUGAUUCUGCGACCCGCUGGCAAAAGUCGGGAGCAGAUAAUGCCUUAAUAAAGGCGAUACAGUACUACCAUAAUCAAAGCUCGCAGGCUGGCAGUCAGACAUUCUCUCGAGCGGUAUCUCAUUACUUCAAUGGUCCUGAGAACUACGAUUGUCAAUUGGUCGAUAGUCCGUGUAAUGCGGGUGUUUCGAAAUGUGAGACUGUAACCAGCCCGGCUGGAUGGUUGAUCCUCAAUUCUUUUGCCAAUUUUCAUAACCUUUGGAGCAAUGUGAACACAGCCCUUAAGGAUGCAGAGGCCGACAUAACCCCACAGCUUGGGACUUUUACAUCAACAUUUGCUCCUCCAGUCAAGGACAAUUCCGAGAUGGAAAAGAUCCUUUUUGAUAUUAGCAAUAUCCUACUCUCUGUGCUUAACGCUUAUGUUGGAUUCGAAGCGGGCUUUGUUGAAAACAAGGUCCUAGGAAAUGGAAUAGACAAAGGUACCUCUGCCUUUGUCGGUAUCCUCAGUGGAGUUCAAACUAUAGGAAAGGAUCUUUUACCAGCCGCUGAGCAAGAGCAAAUUAAUGAAGGACAGCUUGGAACAGCCUUGUCGGAAAUCACUAAUGCCAUGCAGAAAAUCUACUCGCUCAUGGUAGCGGAUUUUAGUGAGAAGGGUAUUUUCGACUCUGCAUCUCCAGCCAUCAACGUUGAGGAAUUAUUCUUCAAUGGCACAUGGGUUAAUUCGACUCUCUCAACCAUCGACAAUCGAGACCUUAAAAUCGACUUCGAACAUGCUCUCUAUGGCUUAUUGGCUGAAAGGGCUUGGAGAUUAACCUCAGAGCUUUACCCGACUGUGGUUGUCCCGGAGUACCUACCGGGAGGCGACACAAAUACUCUCACUGGUGACAGCGGGACGUGGGGAGGGUUGACCAUUGACGAUAUUGCUAUUAGCUCCUAUACCGGCUUCAUGGCUAACGGCGGUCAACCAGGGUACCAGAUGCCCAAUACCACAAAUAUCAUUGACAAUGGACAAAUCAAUACCAAUCCAUUCCCCCUACAAGAUGGUGUCAGAACCCCAGGGUUCUUUAAUAUCCCUACUUGCACUUUUGACACUAUGUUUUCAAUGCUCGAAACUAAAGAUGUGAGACAGCCAAAGUAUUUCCACUUAUAUGAUGCGGCUAACAUCGUUUCUAGUCUUCUUACAACAACCGUGGUCCCAAUUGGCCUUGUCAACCCUGAGACGUGCUCUUCAUAUGCUCCUACUCACAGGAAAAUCGUGUCUGUUUAG